CCUCCUCUUCCUCCAACUCAGAUCUUUAAAUGUCCGCAUUUUGAACCGUCUUCCUUAUUUCUAGUGUUGAUUUGCCCCCAGAGAGAAGCAAAAAUGAUCUUCGACUUGUUUUCUCCGACCACCUGGACUUUACUGGCGCUGGUGGUAACCCUGCUGUUGCUAUAUGGAGUCUGGCCACACAGGUAUUUCAAGCGGUUGAAUAUACCCGGACCAACACCGCUACCUUUUUUUGGAACAAUGUUUGGCUUGAGAAAGGGGUUUUAUAAAUUUGACCGAGAGUGUCAGGAGAAGUACGGGGAUGUCUGGGGGCUGUUUGACGGGCGAAUGCCGCUGUUAAUGGUGUCCGACCCCGAGAUAAUUAAAUCUGUGAUGGUGAAGGACUGUUACUCUGUGUUCACCAACCGCAGGGUGUUUGAGGGACAGAACGGACCCAUGGAAGAUGCCAUUACGGUGGUGAAGAAUGAGAGGUGGAAGCGAAUUCGGGGGACGAUAUCCCCGUGUUUCACCAGUGGAAGACUGAAACAGGUUUUUCCUCUGGUUGCUCGCUAUGCAGACCGACUUAUGACAAAACUUGAAAAAAGCAAUCUGGAGGAGUCCGUGGACAUCAAAAAAUUUGUGGCACCUUACAGUUUGGACACAAUAACCAGCGCGUCUUUCAGUGUGGAGACGGACUCCAUAACCAACCCAAAUGACCCCAUCGGCGUUCAAAUCCAGAACGUUCUCAAAUUCAGAUUAUGGCCUUUGUUCGUAACAAUGGUUUUUCCCUUUGGUAAAUAUCUGCUGAAACUCCUCAAAAUUGAAAUGAUAAACAGACCUGCCGUGGACUAUUUCUACGACAUAAUCAAGAAGUUUAAGGACCAGCAUCUUGCAGGAAAAGAAACAACUCGAGGAGACUUCCUGCAGGUCUUAGUUCAGAGUGAGAUCCCAGAAUCCGAGACCCAGAACGAAGAUCAGCAGCCAGUUAAAGGUUUGACUGAACAUGAGAUUCUCUCUCAGGCAUUUAUUUUCAUCUUCGGUGCCUUUGAGACCACCAGCACAACUCUUUCCUUCAUCUUUUACAAUCUGGCAACAAACCCUGACGCACAGAAGACCUUGCAGGCGGAAAUCGAUAACAACCUCCAGAAAGAUGCUCCCAUCACAUACGAGGACCUGAUUGGCCUCCAGUACCUGGACCAGGUGAUCUUAGAGUCGAUGCGUCUGAUUCCCACCGCGCCUCGACUGGACAGGGUGUGCAAACAGACGGUGCAGAUUCAGGGCGUCACCAUUCCUGAGGGAACCGUGGUUACGGUUCCUGUGUCCGUCUUACACAAAGAUCCCCGAUACUGGAAGUCACCCGAGCUCUUCAGACCUGAGAGGUUUAAUAAAGACAGCGGGGAGGAGGUGAACCCGUACGCGUUCAUGCCGUUCGGGCUCGGCCCUCGGAACUGCGUGGGGAUGCGCUACGCCCUCAUUGUCAUGAAGAUGAUCAUGGUCCGCCUGCUGCAGCGUUACACCGUGGAAACCUGUAAAGACUCCACGAUCCCACUGAAGCUGAACUGGAUGUAUCAGCCAGUCAAACCCAUACAGGUGAAGUUUGUCCCAAGACAUCGGUAGCCCCCUGGAGGAAGACCACCGACUAUGUCUGUCUUGAUUACAUUGCUUUCGUAGCUGCUUUGCAGCUGCUUGCAGAAUCAUUCUUAGUUUUAAUAAGAAAAAAUGCACUUUUCUAUAAAUUGUGGUGAAAGUUUCUUUCAGCUUUCUGGAUGUUUAUGAAUAACCUCAUUGUUUAAUGCAGCAUUUUCUCUGUGUGUCUAUUUUCUCCAAAUUCUGCUGCUGCGCAAUUUUGCUUGAUCUUUACUGUGAAAUAAACCAUCAUGAACUGAGA